AUGAUCUUGGAAUGCCUUAAGAAAUUGCCAACCGCAAAAAUUAAAAAUGAGCCAAGCGAAACAACUCUGAUUACAAAUUACCUUGACCACAUUAUGAGAGAAAUGUUACAUGAUCCAGACAAGCACAUUGUGGAAUGGCCGAAUACAGAAAUUAACGAAAGUAAAGCAAAAAAGCUACAAGGUAUCAGAAGCAAACAGCCCGAUUUCACAGUCUCAAUAAUCCACCAGCUACAAUUGAACGGUGUCAUAUUUGUGGGUGAGGUUAGUCCACCCUCAGAAAAAAACAAUGUUUACAAAAAUUGUAAUGAUCUGAUCCGUGUUGGAGUCUUUAUGAAAGACUGUCUUGAUUCAUCUAUAGAAUUAGGCGCUGAUAUAAAAAUAUUAGGGUUCCAAUGCGUAGAUUAUACAGUUGAAUUCUAUAUGAUGGAUCUUGUCCGGGGAAUGUACAUCAUGAUUAAUAUAGGAAAAGUGACAAUUCCCGCUUCUUUGAGAGAGGUAUCAAAUUUUGUUGAUGACUUGGAAAUUCUUCUAGCAAUACGAAAGGUUUUUCAAGAAUCAUUUAACAUUUUCUUUGAUAAACUUUGUAAUCCGAGCUCCUCAUCAACAAAAAUGAAAUUCAAACGUGAUACUCUUGGUACUCCUAAGUUUAGGAAACUUGUGAAUAAAACGCACAAUUGUCACAGAAGUUGUCCAUUUUGGUUUGGACGCUUCUAA